CUGUUUAAUUUGUACCUUAGCACAUUGGAAGGCCUUUGUAUUGUCACGGAGGAAAAAUCUUGAAAAGAAACAUUGUCCAUCAUUUAGACACCUAUCGGAGAGUACAAAACGAUUGUUAUUGCAAAUAUUUUAAAACAAAAAUCAUCUGGUAGUGUAAAAAAUUCGUAAUCUAUAUGAUAAUGAUAAAAGGUGUUUUUAUCUUUGUGAUAUAACACUGGUAGACAUUCACGGUUAUACUGUGAGUAGUAUUUAUUAGGAUAGAUAGUGUGGCGGAGGUAAAUAAACCUUUGCUAAUUAAAUAAACGCGAUGGAGUUAGUGAAUGAACUUUGUGACUUGCUGCAGACUCACACCAACCGUGAUAAGGUAGUGAAUCUAGCGAGCUACGCGCUAAAGCUAUGGGGUUCCACAGCGGACAGCAAGGCACUCAUGACGGCGAGCGGUCGCCUGGCGGCCGCGCGCGCCACUCUUCGCAUGUUCGACGACGCUGCUGCCUUGAAAGCCGCGCUGGCUUACGGGCUUGGACAGAAUGACGGUCCCUUCUGGGGUUCCUUAGGCGUGCUGGGCAGCACGUUCACGCUGGCAUAUCUCCAAGCGGAGAAGGCGCAGUUCCUGAUCGAUACCGGAGUGCUGGUCGUCUCCAAGGACACGGAGUUCCAGAUACGCACCGCCCACAAGCUUUUCUGGUCGCUGUACGCAUUCGUCGGGUUUGUCAGGUCGCUCAGAUCGCUCCACGCAACCGCGCUUGCUCUGAAAUCGCCUCAGCGGACCAAGUGCGCUCCGGCGCGGUACCGGCAAGCGGCGCUGACCACCACCAAGCUGCUUCUUGAUACAGUGCACGCUGUGAGCUGGCUACCUCCUGGCUGGCUGUGGGGCAGCCGGCUGUCCGUCCCACAAGCUAGUGGGAUCGCCACGACGGCGGCGGUGCUAGGGCUCGUCAUACAUUUCAAUGGGAAGCGGCUGUUGUCUUCGCGGUAGAUUAUGUUGUAAGUAAGAUGAUGACCGCGGUUAAAAGUAAGAAGUUAUGUAUUUCAAUUUUGGACCAAGAUGUCUUAAAAAAAUUCGUGUGAAAA